GCAUGCAUGUGACUCGAAUGACGACCACGUACAUUUGUUCGUGCGUUUCAUAAGCCACGCCGAUGUCGCGAUACCCUCAAAACACAUGUCCGGAGAGGCCCAAUGGCGGACAUGAUUCGGGUCGUAGCUGUGGUCCAGUCCAUCUUCAUGACACGUGCGGUCUGUCGAGUUAUGGUUCGAGAGCCUGUCGGUUGACGUCGAUUUCUAAUCGGGAUGCCCACGUGGCGAUCUCGCCACCAUUGACCCCUCUGGACCCCUCUGGACCCCUCUGGACCCCCCUUGAGUUGAUCACUGCGGCUACUGCUGCUUCUGCUUCUGCUUCUGCUUCUGCUUCUGCUUCUGCUGCUGCUAAUGAUGAUUGUGAUGCCUCUGGACCCCUCUGGACACCCCUUGAGUUGAUCACCGCGGCUACUGCUGCUUCGGCUUCUGCUUCUGCUGCUGCUAAUGAUGAUCGUGAUGAUGAUGAAGAAUAUGAUGAUGAAGGAGGAGAUCAUGAUUAUAAUGGGGAUGGUGAGAUCAUGCUGCUGCUGCUGAUGAUGACGAUGAUGACGAUCGUGCUGCCGCUGCUGCUGCUGGUGAUGAUGAAGGGAUGCAUGGACAAGCCAGGAGGCAGGCGUAUGCCCUCACAUCUUGCCAGCACCACACGACCAACCCGUAUGCCGUCGGCUACAACGUUCCUCGUAAUUGCUACCUGCGUCAUUGUGGCGAUGGAGGUCAGCGCACUAUAUGUCACAUUCUGGCCUAUGCGUCCAAAGCAUGAAUUUAAGGAGACAGGCCAAGCAAAGAUGGAGGUGAUUUGGGAGAGUGAAAGAGUCACAUUCGCCAACUUAAAAGACUCCGAGACGGGUGUUGACAAUGUGCCCGUGGCAGUGGGCAACAGCUCGCAUGCAAGAGGGAUGGCGGCGGAGGAUGGCAGCAAGGAAGCUGACCUACAGGCAGCAACUGGCGCCAGCGAGGAGUCGGAUAACGUAGACGACUUUCAGAAGAACAACGGCGCACACACUUCUAGAGCAGAGGCUGAUAGUGCAAAUGCGCAAAAGCCGGAGUGGAACGCUAGCGGCGGCAACAAGUGGGUUUCGGCGAGCGAGGAGGAUCGUAACGUAGAGCAUUUCGGGAUGCAUGAUGGGAACUUGCUGGUUCAGCAGACAGACAGCAGAUCACAUGUGAGAGAGUUGGAGGGCAAUAUUGACACCAGCAAUAAUAACCAGGAAAUGACCAGGAACAAGAGCGAGGACGAGGAUGCUGACGUACAAAAGGACCCGGAGAGCGAUGACGACACUGCAGCUCUCACCAGAGUUAAAAGCUCACGCACAGCAGGGCUGGAAGUGGAUGGCAAUAGCAGUGACAAUACGCAGGACGCAGUGACAAAGAGCAGUGACAAGGAGUAUGCUAGGGUGAAAAAGGACUUCAAGACUGACAAAAACAACAUCUCAGUCGAGACAGUUGAAACCUCGUCGGAUGAGUAUGUUGUAAGUCCCAACGACAGCAAGGAGGUGAUGGUGGAUAGCACUGAGGAGGAGGAGUACGGCAAAGGUAUUGCCGGAAAAGAACUCAAUUAUCUAUGGUAUGUUGUAAGUCCCAACGACAGCAAGGAGGUGAUGGUGGAUAGCACUGAGGAGGAGGAGUACGGCAAAGGUAUUGCCGGAAAAGAACUCAAUUAUCUAUGGUGGGAUGUUAUGGAGGACCUAUGGCCAAGGAUACGAAAGACUUUCUACUACAGUGGAAUCGAGGAUUUCCGGCUGCUCCGUGACCGUGCUGCACUGAGGCCCAUGGGUCACACUCUUUCUUUCUGUGCUCACAACCUCAGCGGAAUGGAGAGUAGUGACAAGCAGUGGCGGUUCAAUGUGCAGUUUGCUGAUCCACAUUCACUGCCGCAACGACUGAAUCUGUCGGCCAUUCUUCAGAUCCCGGUCCAAAGCGCAUGCAUUGUGAUGGUCCGGCAUUCCUUGAGGUUGCCGAGCAUGAUCAAGAAGAGGUGGGUGCGACCGAAAAAGAGGAAAGAUAAAGAUAAAGAUAGUGGAACAGCUGGUAGCAUAUCGCCAGAGGAGGCUUCAGAUCUGAGAUGGACGGACCAUGACGUGGUAGAUCAGGAGGACUUUGUCAUGGAUCGAUAUGGCAUGCCGAUUGUCGUCACUGUCAAGGAUGCAUUUGUGACUUCACAUGGUCAUGUGUAUAGCAAGGAGGUGGGAACAAUCGGGAUCUAUGGUUGCGGAGGUAAUCCGCUCCCAAAGCAACCUGCAGCGCAGUCAGCAGAUGACGCACCUCGGCUUGAAAAGAAAGUGUUUGUGAUCUCUCACGGUGCUUUUGCAUCGGGCGUUUACCAUUCGCUGAUCGAUUGUCUCUCGAGGUUGUCGGCAUAUUAUGGAGACGUUCUGUCCGAUCCGUCCAUCAAACUCCAUGUGGUGCCGUCGCGUUUUGAGAUGCUUUAUAAGGUCCUCGCUAUUCUAGGAUUCACAAGAGACAGGAUAGUUACCGGCAACGUCUUUGGCAAGAUUGUGUUUGUUCCUGAACCUUCUAUCUUCACUUGUGGGGGUGGAGAGAGGUGGCACAUGCGACAAACGAGGGCCCUACUGAGAACACGACUACGCAGCGUAUGUCCUCACUUGUUCCCACCACCUCUCCUAUCAUUGUCAGCACCAAAUCAGGUCACACCUACCACUCAUGCUACCCCAAUCCAGACAUCAUCACCAUCUUCUUCUUCUUCUUCUUCUUCUUCUUCUUCUUCUUCUUCUUCUUCUAGCAGUAUGGCUAUGGCUGAAACAUUGUCUACUGUAGAGCACGGAAUUGGGAAGGGUGAUCAUCAUGCGAGUGGCUUUGGAAAUGGUGCACCAAGGAAUUUGGUGAAAUCUUUUGCAAGCAGCUCUCGAGACUAUUCCGAGGGUGGGGCUGACAACAAUAUUGAUGGGGUCAAUUUCACUUCCCGUGCAGGGACAACAGUAGCCAAGGUUUGUUUGCCCUUAGCGUCGGAGCCGGCAUUCAAAUCAGCAAGUCGGUGGGGGGUCAGCACAGAAGGAGAGGGGUCGGCAGCUGGCACCAAUGAGUCGCUUUUGAGUGUUCCGGGACGGAAGCGCAAAUACCAUGGCCUAAUUGUUCAGCGGACUUCCACUCGUGUUCUGAUCAACCAAGCAGAGAUGGAACGACUGGUGGUAGAAAGGUAUGGAUCGGAGAUAGACUUUGCGGUGUUUUCCGAUGACCCUGUACCGUCUGUCAUAGAGACGUUUUUCCUCUUCUACCAUGCUGACAUCGUCGUAGCUCCCCACGGGGCAGGGCUGACCAACAUGCUGGUGUCUCAUGGAGAGGGCAGGGAGGCUGUUGCUGUAUGGCCUUAUCCCGAAUGGACAAGCAGUGGUGGUGGUGCUAUUACCGUCCCAGUGCCAAGACGAGAAGACCGUCCGGUGGAUGUACUGGGUGCAACCGCCAAUGGGACCAAAGGGACUGUCAUUAUCGAAAUUGUACCGGACGCAUACAUGAACCGGUGUUACUUUGGCCUGGCCAAUAACUUGGGCAUGAGUUACAGCUCCGUUGUCGGCUAUUCAAUGCUUGCUGAGCAAGACAGGGAAUCGGGACCGAAGAAAGCGAUGGUGAUUCGAGCCCAACUUGCAAUGAUGAUGAUACUUCCCGUUGCAAGCAGCAGGAGGAGCAGAACCGGGAGGAGUGGAGCCCAGAGGAGUGGAGCAGGAGGAGCAGGAGGAGAAGGUGAAGAAGCGGAGGAAGAGGAGGAGGAAGAGGAGGAAGACAGGAGGAGAGGAGACGGAGCUAAUGACGAGGAGGAGGAAGGACAGAGCAAGGAAAACCAGGGACAAGGACGAAGGAGGGACGCAGGAGAACAAAGGACAAGGACGACAAUGUCAAUAGAUGGAGCAGGAGGGUGGGGGAUGGAGCACGGCGAAGAUGACGGUGAUGCUGACAAGACUCAAACAGCAAUUGUUACCACUUGUAGGCGGGAUGUUGCACAAGGAGGUCUGCAGUUAUGUGCGCCGGCAAAUGAAGACAGCCUGUUGGCCAACCAGUUGUAUAUGAAUCCUAGUCGUGAUGCAGCAGGCCAUCAUCCGCUUGCGCUCGCCAUUAGAUCCAUUAUCGCUGGCAUCGCGCAGUCGCCACAGGUAAGCAAGGUGAAAGGGAAGAAGGGGGCGGUUGGGGAUGAUGGGAAUAAGGUCAGGGAAAGCAUGCGGAUCAGAACAAGCUUAUUUGGUGUCGGUCCAUACAAAGGAUUCAUUCUUACGAGUGAGUUGAUAGAGGAGGUACAAGAUAUUGGAGAAGUGAGCAAUGAAGCGACAGUAGUUUGCAAGGCUAAGGAAAGAGCAAAGUUGCUGAAGGUUCGUGGGAGUGGGGAACUCAAGGAUGGCUUGGAUCUUCAUCACGUGGAUGCCUUCAGCGGAGAUAAUGUAUCCAAGGUCAAUGUUUGUGUUCUGCGCUCGUUGAAGGCGAUCAAGAAGUUCGGAAAUCCUAGGUAUGGGAUACUUGUUCUUCGUCAUAAUCCGGUUAAAGGCGCGGCCGUCUGUGCACAUGCGUAAUUCCUUGGUUCCACGUUUCCCAACAUAGAGACAACUCAUACUGAAGGGUGAAGUGCUAGGUCGAAUAAAUCCUUUGUCAAGUA